AUGCGAUGCGUCCGCGAAUCGCAACCGUCAUCGAGCACAUAUGAGUGGGAAUGUGCUUAUCGUGUACCAGUUGUCGUGUCGAUGAAUUUUGUCCCCGUCCCGGCUAUUUUCGCUCCAUCUCAACAACGUGGUCAUGACAUUGCCGUCUACAUCUUUCCACAUGAUCAUUCCUUAUGUUACGAGUUCUUCUUUCAUUGCCGAAGUGCGGAUUCCGUUACGGAGACGUAUCUAUGUUGCGGAUGCAAAGCGUUACGUACUCGUGACAACAAGAUUUAUCGUCAGCCGAUCCCAUCGGUGAAGCUCCGGGAUGGAUAUUUCAUUAGCGAUCCGGUGAAUCCGUUUCGACCACAUUUUUGCAUGCCACGGAGUACACCACAAGCGACUACGCGACGUCUAAUUAUCGAAAGAUGUAAUGAAUUGCGUGCGGGACCAUGUGAGAAGCCGACGAGAAAUGUGGUGGACGAGCUACUGUCAGAUAUCACCUCACCCAAAUUUGAUGCGUUUCCCAUGACGGAAAGACGUGUCAUGGUUGAACAAAUUGCAUCGCCAUACGGGAAUGCGAGAGAAAAUCUUCGCCGUACAUUGCAACGAAACCAGCAAAAAGGCUUGAAUCCACAGCCGCAUAGGCCUCGAUUAACGGGGAAGACUAGAAAACCUCGUGAAAUAAAACGUGAGGUGGUAGCUGAUGAUUUUGUGACUCCUAGCAAAGUUGUUACAAGUACGAAAUCUAUUUCGGACGUUGCGAAACGAAGAUUCACUUGCUCUGAACCAAUUCGAACGCUUGUUUUCAUGGAUAUCGCUGCUACGGGGAUGUUUCCUGGCUAUAUCGAAACACAGCGUCGCUUCACACCACAAUUAUUGAGCGAACCAGAAAUGUGCAGCAACGCUCUCAAUCGCCUCAUCAUGGAAACUGAGGAAUCUCAGUACCCUCGUAUAACGGAAAUGUCGUUCCUCAGUAUACCUCGCGACAUCUUCACUCGAGGACAAACAACUAUACAGAGUUUAUGCCAGGAGGCCCCUGAUAAGUCGUUUGUUCUCCGACUUGCAGCCAAUGUUCGAACAUGUCAGGUGAACCCUGAACUGGACGAAGAACAAUGGGAGGCGUACAGGAAUAUCCGCGCAAGCGACAGUGCAGUCGUUCCACGUCCUCGGCACGACCUUGAGGUGAAGCGCUCGUUUUAUGAUGAGUGGCCUUCAAUAAGAAGUUUCCUGGAUGAGUGUCCUAAACCUGUUUGUUUAGUGGCCCACAAUGGUAUAUUCUUCGAUUAUAGAGUUUUAUAUGGUGAACUAAUGCGAUACGGAUUCAUUGACAAAGGGUUGGGAAUUCCAAAAGGGGUCGUUUUCGUGGACUCAGUUGUAGCGAUUCGUGAGAUUGAGGACAUGUAUCUUAGAGAGGUAUUCGAAGCAACCAAAGAACUUGCUUCUCAAAGAGCCUUCCAUGAUGUUGCUGCAUAUGAAGACAUAACUGCUGAGGACAACCAAUCAGUAACUUCAUCCUUGGACCAACAUCCACGUAAAAAUAUCAAAGAGACCGCAGUUGCUGCUCAAUCACACACUGCAAGAAAGCGUCGGUUACCCAACGAUAGGAGUAAUUUGAAAUAUGCUCUACCAAAAGUUGAUGGGCAACCUUACGAUGAACAUCCUCUAAGUAUAUUCAACAUACAAGAAUGGCCUGCCGCCAAGAUGCGUAGGAUUCGUCCAGAAUUCUUUAAGCAGAAUUUGCGAGGAGAUUGGGAAUUCAACUUCGUUUCGGCUAAAAAUAUACUCAGAGAUGACUUGGCAGUUUUAUAUGAGACGGUGGUCAAGACACAGUACGGUGCACAUUUUACGCAAGAUGAUGCGGAAGCUUUAGUGCAGAUUUGUGUUGCAUACGGCAAAGGCUUCCAAGAUUACGUGGAUUAUAAAGCUGCAUAUUUUCCGUUCUAA